UAUCACUUGUUAUUAAAGUCAAUUAUGGAAUCGGAUGAUUACUAUGAUAGUAUAGAUUUACAUAUAAGAUGGUCGGAUAGACAAGAUCUUAUAUUGCGUGUAUCACCAGAAGACACAAUACAUAUGAUUAAAGAAAAAAUUCGUCAAUCAUCUAGUAGAACAGAAAAUAAAUACAUUCGACUUAUACAUAACGGCAGAGUUCUUGAAGACGCAAAAAUAUUAAAAGAGUAUGGUGUUGGUAAAAUACCAAAAACAGAUUCUAAAGCAAAAUUAGAACCCCCUCUGCCUGUCUACUUUCACUGCUCAUUAUCUGACUAUACACCUAAAUCAUCUAAUUCACAAAAUAAUCAACCACAAAUAACACCAUCUGUUGGAUUUGAUAGAUUAAGAGAGUCAGGCUUUUCAGAAGAAGAUAUUAGAAAUAUCAGAGCACAAUUUCAUAGAAUACAUGGUACAUCAUUCGAUGAAAUGCCUUCAGAAGAAGCAAGAAAUCUAGAAGAACAGUGGAUGGAUAAUACAGGAGAGACAUUACCAGAUGGAAGUAGGUGUAUUUGUAUAUACAUAUUUAUAUGGAUAUGUAUUUUUUUGAAACAGAUAUUGAUGAUAUCAUUAUCCUUUUUAUAGCUAUGCAGGGAACAUACAAAGAAAUGAUGUGGGGUUUAAUGUUGGGAUUUUUCUUGGGUAUUAUUUGCUUAUUUUGGUUCCGAGAAUCUGUGUUUUCAAGAAGACAUCAAAUGGGUAUCAUUGCUGGUAUUUUGAUUAAUAUAUCGUUUGGUGUCCUUCAUGUUUAUUACUAAAAUCUGUUGUUGUACACUAUUAUUAGAAUUCCGUUUUUUUUUUUUUUUUCCUUUUUCCUUCC